AUGCCAGGGCUACUAAGACCGUUAACUUGGUCUCACUCUAUCACUAGGAUCACUAUACUUGCUGUUGCCGCGAUUUUCGGUCUCCAGCAAUAUCAAGAAUAUAAAAUCGGACAGUAUGAUCCUUACGGGUGUCAGGCUCUACUACACGAUGGGCAAUGGUCGCCUUUGUCUGAGCUCAGUGCCGAAAUAUGGGAACCGAAAGACUGCCUUAUGGAGAAAUACUCUCAGGAAACUGUUCGCGACUGUCUAACCCACCGGAAGGUCAUCCUCGCAGGCGAUUCUACUAUUCGGCAGCUUUUCUGGGCUUUCGCGAAAUCGAUUGAUCCUAUCCAUGCGAAAAGUGAGAUGUUGGACAUAGUGCUGAGAUCAACUAAGGGCAAACAUACAGAUCUCUCGUUUAAAGACAAUGAUGUCGAUAUCGAAUAUAUUUGGGACCCUUGGCUGAAUACUACUACUUUAAACAACACAUUGCACAGUUUCCACACCCUAAACGCAGGAAAUGUUAGCAAUAAGGGCGAACUACCUACGACGCUCAUCGUUCUAGGUGCCCCAGGACUUUGGGCUGCUCGAUAUGGGGAGGAUGACUAUAUGGAUUUAUUCAAGCGUGGAAUCAAUGGCGUCCUUCCGUACCUCUCGUCAAACUUAAACGAUGAUGCGGCAUCAUCGUCAAAACGCAAAGCACGUGGCCUCCGUGGUGCUGCAAACCAAGUUCUUCUAAGUCCAGUCCAUAGACCUGAAUACGAUGUUAUGCGUUUUGAUCGGUUUAAGACAAUCACACCAGAGAAGAUUGAAAAGAUGAAUGAUUACCUCUCGAAAGUCUCACUCGACCAGUGGUCGCAUAUACUCUGGGUAUUCAAUAAAAUGUGGCUUCGGGAGACGAUAGAUCAUGGCAGCGAUGGCUUACAUGUUUCCAAUGCUGCGGUUGGACAUAAGCUCGACGUCAUACUCAAUGCACAUUGCAAUACCGCAGCGAAAGCCAAGUCACGAUCCUUCAGAGGCACUUGCUGCGUCGCGAAUCCACCAAACCUCCCCUUCCAAAUGGCCCUAUGGGUAUGGAGCCUUACAGCGAUAACUAUCCCUCGGUACCUUCGCCAUAGAAUUAGAGCUGCACUACCCCGAUGGCGAGUCGAAUCAGUCAAAGCGAGUAGAAUCAUCCUCGGCAUUCUUAUAUGGAGCUGCUUCUGCGACGGGACACAUCUCAUAGCAAAAGUCGAACGGCACUAUCAACAAAACGAGUUCCUCGCUGUAUGCUUCCUAUGGCUGGUGGCUAGCUUCUUGUCGUUACAUAGAAGUCGUGAGACUGCGGAUGGCCUUUCUUGGUCUACGAAUCAAACUAAACGAGAUCCUCCGGGCUAUCGUGGGCCGGGAUAUUUGUCGAGAGACCACUCCGAUGAGAUCAAAGGGCUGAUGCAAGGCUUCAUAUUACUCUACCACUAUCACCACGCCUCCCAAACCCUAUGGGUGUACAAGAUCAUCCGGGUUUUCAUAUCCGCUUAUUUCUACCUCUCGGGGUAUGGACACACUCUCUAUCUCCUGAAGACAAACGACUUCUCCCUCAGACGCGUGAUGAUCGUCCUCUUCCGUCUAAACUUCCUCAGCGCUCUCCUCCCAUACGUAAUGGGCACAACCUACAGCUCAUACUACUUCGCCUCGGCGAUAUCUUUCUACUACCUCGUCCUCCACGGCACCCUAGCAUACUUCAACCGCCUGAACCGACGUCCAUGCUGGCUCAUCUUAAAACUCAUAACUAGCGCCAUCCUAACCGACAUAUUCCUCUCAACCCCAGGAAUCCUCGAGAGCCUCGCCCAACUCUCCCACACAAUCUUCCGCCUCUCCUGGGACGCCUCCGAAAUGCGCUUCCGCCUGCGUCUCGACCGGUACAUCCUCUUCCUCAGCUCCGCCGUCGCCGUCCUAAUCCACACCGAAUCCCACCAUCGCACCCACGCAAUCCUCCCCCCAAACCAAACCCCCUACUUCCCACCCAUCUCCCCGAAAUGGCGCGUGGUAUUCUACUCCGUAUGCGCAGCCUGCAUCCUAGAAUUCCUCAUCGUAACACAAACCACCCUCCCCACCAAAUCCGAGUAUAACAACCUCCAUCCUUACAUAUCCUGGAUCCCGGUCCUGGCUUUCGUGGUCUUGAGGGGGAGGGCGAAAACUGCGUAUUUGAUACUGCCUGCUAGGCUGGGCGGGGUUGCGCUGGAGACGUAUGUCUUGCAGUACCAUAUUUGGCUUGGCGCGAACGCGACUGCGAAGCUGAGGAUUGGGGCGUUAGAGGGGAGGGUGGGGGGAUUGGUGGAGGUAGGGUUGUUUACGCUGGCGUUUGGGGGGGUUGCGGCGUUGGGACAUAGGGCUACGGGGAUUUUUGCGAGGUGGAUGACGGAGAAGGUGUUCUUGGGGUUUGUGCUGGUGUUGUGGGUUGCGAAUUGGGUGUAUACUUGGUAGAUGGAGGUAGGGAGAGGAUAGGGGAGUUGAACGGAAGGGGGAGAUGAAUGGUCUCUAGGUAAGCGUUUAAGGGAUAAGGUAGUAUGUUUACGUUUACGUUUAUGGAGGUUUGUUAUAGCAUGGCUAUCACAGCGUAG